AUGACAAGUUACACAGGUUACAGCAACCUGGAAACCAAGCCAGGACAAACAUCCAACAAAGCAAAUGAGUUGUUAGGCUUUUUGCGGGAGUCGAAUCUGCUUAGUGGAUUUGAAAAAAUUGCCUCAAAGCACUUGUUUCAAAAUUGCAUUUCCGCUCAUCAGCAGCUGAAGAAGGAGACCAUCAAUAGCCAGACGUGCCCCUCCAAGCUUCCACCCAUUGUAUCCAAAGAGGGUCUGAUGAAUUUUGUUCAAAGUCAUCUCAACGACACUUUGGACCCCGAAUUUCAGAAUGACAAUGGCAACGAAGAUGCCUCAUUGGCCAGCCUUCCGUCAUCACUGGGAAUUGAAGAGGAGGAUAGAUCAAUAGUUUCAAACGCACAAGUAAAUGAUGGCUCAUUUGUUUUUGAUGUGGACUACGGAUCAAACUACGGAACUAGUUAUUUGCCUAAUAAUAUUGCAAUGCCCGAUGCUGCUGCCACAAAUAUUGUUGCAGAGCCUCCAACUCUAACAGAGGAUCUGAUCGAUUCUCAAAAAAAGCACACCUGGCAGGCAUACUCCCCAAAGAUAUUAGAUCCCACUGUGGCAGACCAUGACAAAGCUUACUUCCAAGAAAGAAGCCACUACAUCCUGGUGAAUGCCUUUCAUGACAUCUGCUUUGGGGCGAAUAUGUGCAAUAUUCACCUUGCCACUCCUGGGGAAACUUUGCACAUGCAUCAGAAGGGAGCAAUGGUACAGGUCUACGGGCUUGUCCUUGGCAUGGAGCAAUGGCUCAAGAAGGAGAAGUAUCCGUUAGAGCAUGCCCUUGAUACAGAAUUGGUCGGUAGGAUGAUUGACAAAUACGUUGAAUUUCUAGGCGAGACCUCAUUCAGGAGAGGAAUGGGGGCUCGUCUCAUUAAGAACUAUCUUUUGUUUCAUUUUCUAGACUACAUGCUUCUUUGGGGCCCCCCAAGAGGCUGGGACUCUGGUCCCAGCGAGCAAGCUCAUAAAACCAAACAGAAACAGCCAGCCCAACAAACACAAAGGCGCCAGUCUACCUUCAUCAAGCAAUUGACUUUGAGAUAUGCGGAAAACAGACUUAUUUCCAAAGCAGAACAAACUUUUGGCCGCAACAGAGCUUCAGAGAAAAGUGAGGAGACCCUUACCAGUGACGCCAUUUUUUUGGGUGGUUCCCAAUUCUCUGUAGGUUUCAACAAAAAGGGAGAACCAGCCAUGAAAUGGAUGUGGAAUUUCCGUCCACGCGGUGGCUACAUGCAGGAAGUACUCAAUUUUGUUUGUGAGCGGCUUAUGCCUCAUGCUCCAGCAGAUACAAUUGACGGGGUUUCCGAGAUCACAAUGCUGAUUGGGUCAGAUAGAUUCAUCUUUUGGGCCAAUCCCAAUUAUCGAUCGUCCUCAAGACAUAUAGUAGAUGCUUGGUACGAUUGGGCGAAGUUUUCAGUGCCACACCAUCCCAACGUGGAGCUUCCCGGUCAAAUACUGAUGUUUGUAAUGAUGCCUUGGGUGGAGGAUCAGAUUUCCUACAAAGGUAUCAAGCUAGCUCCCAACAAAAUCCAUGCCGUCGUCAAUCUUUUCCAAGACCCCCCACUGUCACGGUUUUCCAGGUUUCAAUUUGAUGAUUUGUACCUAAUCCCAUGUCACAAUAUUUCUGGCCCAGCAAUCGUCGUACCAAACAUACUUGAGAUUUGA